CGCCACUUGGAGGUUUUUUCCCUUCUGCAAAAACAGCUUUUUCUCUUCCUGGAGGCAAAGCAAAACAAAGCAGCACACUCACCAAGCCUCCCUCGGCUGCUGCUAGGCCCAGCCCCAGAUGAUAUUUUCGCUUGUCUGCAUUCCUUUUCUGCCCUCUCUCCAGCGGCUGAUCUCUGGGGAAGGGCCCUCUCUCAGCUUGGGACCCCCAGAGGACAGGCCUGGCAAGCGAAAGGUCCCGGGUUCAAGCCCUGGCGAAAGGGCAUGGCAAUGGGGAAGCCCCUGCCAGUGUCAACAAAGCUAAGGGAGUCAGUGUGGGGCAGAUUCCUGGGCUCUUUAGUGCACGACUUGAGGAGGGUAUCCCGGACUCUGAGAGUCCUACUCAAGCGUAAUUCAAACAGGGCACGUACCACCAAGAAUAAUCCCACCAUAUGUUACAACACCACCACCCCCGAGACCACCUAGGUUGCAGCCCACCACCGUAGCGCAAAAGAGGUGUGGUUAUUUGAUUUCCGUCCUUACCCACGCGACUUGGCCCUACCCUGGAUCCUGAACGGAUCUUUCACUUGGGUACUUUGGGGGUUGGGGGAAUGCGAGAGAUCAAGCCAAGGCACCCAUCCUCCCCGCAUCCCUCUCUCCAUCCCGCUCCGUGUACGCAUUCCCACGACCGCCUCGUUCCCUUCCGCGUCCAUCGGUCGAGCGCCGCCGCCUCCCAACCUCCCCGAUCCCCGCGCUCCGUAACGCGCAAACGCCGCUCCCCGCGCAUGCAAGAAUGCGAAAAAUGCGCGCGCGCGUGGAUGGCUCUGCGGGUCGAUGCGCGCGGAUCUGCACCUCCUGGCCCCGGAAGGCUGGUUUGCCCCCUCCCUCGCACCGCGCGAUCCUCCCAACGCGCGCAGCAAACGGGUCCAGGAGGACCAGACGUGGGUCGCGGGCACCGCGGCUCUUACCUCGCGUCGCCUUCCCCGCCGCCCUCAGUGCGCGCAGGGAGCCGCCUGCUGCUGUUGCCGCCGCCGCCGCCGAUCGCCAGGGAAAUCCGUGCCGGAGCCAGCCAUCCUCCGAAGCGGAUCCCGUCCGCUGCGCGCUGCCCGCGAUCCGGAGGCUCGAGAGCGCAAGAGAAAUCGGGGAGCAACGGGGAAGGCUGCAAGAUAUCUCAAGGUCUGUCACGUGGAAGAGAGAGCAAGCUUGUUUUCUCCUGCUCCAGAGGGUAGGACUCGAACCCAGGGCUUCCACUUACAAGAAAGGAGAUUCUAACGCCACAUCAGGAAGAACUUUAUGGCAGUAAGAGCUGUUUGACAGUGGAACAGACUCCUACAAGAGGACGUGGACCCUCCUUCCUUGGGGGCUUUUAAGCUGAGGCUGGAUGGCCGUCUGCCGUGGAGGCUUUAGCUGAGAUUCCUGCAUUGCGGGGGGUUGGACUAGAUGACCCUCGGGGUCCCUUCCAGCUCCACAGCUCUAUGAUUCUCUCCUCAAACGUUUCAGACCCAGCACCCGCUUUUAACCCAAACAUGCAUUUGGGGACACCCGAAUCUUUCGCAGUAUAUUCUGCAGGAAGGUCAUGCUUCUGCAGCGACCCACCUUGAAAGGUUGGAGACCAAUAGAUUCCUCCCCUCUCCUU